AUGGUUCGGAGACGAGGCCGUGGAAGGCAAGCAGCGUUGGAAGAGAUUUAUGCACGCGAUGAAACAGCACAAGAAGAACAACUAGAUAAUCGAGAUCUGCAUGUUGCCACUACCGAUGAGGAUGAUAGUGAUGCUGAGAGUAUGGUGAACCCAUUCGUUGGGAGAGAAGACAAAAAUAGGCGGCGUGAACAACGUGAUGGUAACCGGUGGGAAGCAGGAUUCAAGCUAGAUAUUCUGGAGUUUCAGGGAUGUCAACAGCCUGAAGAGUUGUUAGAUUGGCUUGCUAUCGUUGAAGAAAUUCUAGAAUUUAAAGAUGUGCAGGAUCAACAUCGGGUUCCUUUAGUUGUAGCCCGAUUCCAAGGACGAGCUGCAGCAUGGUGGCAGCAGUUAAAACAAAGCAGAUUACGUCGAGGGAAACCCAAACUUGCGAGUUGGACAAAAUUGGUUAAACACAUGAGCAGUGCUUUCUUGCCAUACAAUUACGUGAGAACACUUUAUCAACAAUUACAGAAUCUCAAACAAGGUCCACGGACUAUCGAUGACUACACUACUGAAUUUUACAGGUUGGAUACACGGUUGGAUUUGAAUGAGUCUGAGGGCAUGUUGGUGUCACGAUAUAUAGGAGGUAUGCAGCAGCCAUUUCAAGACUCUUUAAAUUUCCUAGACAUUAUGACGAUUUCAGAGGCACAUCAGAAGGCAUUACACCUUGAAAGAUCAAUGAAUAGACGCUCAUGGAGCUUAGAGGGUGGAAACAUGGGCCGACGUACGGGCAGACCAUCAACAGCAUCCUCCCCGAGUUCGGGAGUGCAGCCUGUACAGCAACGAGGAAGUGCAAAUACCCAACCAAACCGUGGAACAAGUUCUGGAGGUGAAAAAUAUGGCAAGGGAUUGUUUGUGGAGACAGAAGAAGCACCAAUAGGUGCGGGGGUAAACCUUGAUCAAGCGCCUGUUUUUGAUGAGGAGGAAGAAUGUGAUGAAGAACACAUCCAUGGAGAUGAUGGUCCCCUGUUAAUGAUGAGACAAGUAUUCCUGGCACCAUGUGAAGAAACAGAGAGUGAUUGGCUGAGAAAUAACAUCUUUAAUUCAACGUGUACGAUUGGAGGAAAAGUUUGCCAACUCAUUAUUGAUUCCGGUAGUUUCGAGAAUGUUGUUGCGGAGGAGGUUGUGAAGAAAAUAGGUUUCAUCUUCAAGAAUAUCAAGAUAGUCUUGUUCCCCAAGAAGACAUUGAAACCUUCAUCUACGGUGGAUUUAAAUGCUACUUUAUUAAUCGGGUGUGACUUUGUUGAUGAAUUUAAAACUUCAGGAGUGUUGUUUGUGCUAUUGGGUAAAGAGACAAUGCAUGGAAGUGGCAUACCAGAGAGUGCACGUGAAUUAGUGGCUGAAUUUAAAGAUGUCUUCCCCGAAGACCUCCCCAAUGAACUGCCCCCUUUGAGGGAUUUCCAGCAUCAAAUUGAUUUAAUACUGAGCUCCACAUUGUCGAAUCGGCCACAUUAUCGUAUGAGCCCAAAAGAGCACGAAGAACUACGACGGCAAGUCGAAGCUUUAUUAGAGAAGGGUCAUAUACAUGAAAGUCUUAGUGCCUGUGUUGUGCCCGCCUUGCUUACACCAAAGAAGGAUGGAACUUGGCAAAUGUGGGUUGCUAGUAGGGCAAUUAACAAAAUUACCGUGAGGUACCGGUUUCCCAUACCCCGGCUAGACGAUUUGCUUGAUCAAUUGAGUGGGGCCACUAUAUUCACCAAGUUGGAUCUAAAGAGUGGGUAUCAUCAGAUUCGUGUCCGUCUAGGAGAACGAAUGGAAAACAGCAUUUAA